AUGGCCGUAUUUUAUUUCAAUAUUCCAUGGGUAAUUAACCAGUCUGAGUAUAACUGCAGUAUUCGCUCGUUAUCGGAAUGGGAAAGUAGAGGUACAGCAAAUGUCGUACAAGGUAUCUACCUCACUGUGUCAGGAUCAAUUUUCAUGGCUCUUUACAUUUUAUGUUUGAUUGGUAUGUUUCGUGGUAAACUGCUGAGAAUUCCGUGCUAUCGUUUGAUGUUUUUCAAUGGCAUCAUCGAUAAUAUGGAUAUACUCGUUGGUUCAUUUAUUAGUGCUUACUUCGACUUCACUGGCGCCGUUUUCUGUACGUCCAUUGGGCUCAACUGGUUUGCGGGACAUUUUUCGUGGUGUGUGUGGCUAGGAUCCUCGUUCAACUGUAUGGUAUUGGCUUUGAAUCGAGUUGUUGAAAUGACUCCUUCAGCUAGUGGGCUUGGCUUUCUGUUCAGAGGAAAGUUACUUUCGUUAUGGAUGGUUUUAUCGGUAGUCUUCAUGGCGAUUCUCCCGUUCGUUUCCCGGACACAUCCUUUCAACUCAGUAAUUGGCACUUUCAUUAUAUCGCCAGUCAUUACUGAUAACGCUACUCAAGAAUCUUCUUAUUUUGCUCAUCUUUUUGUGCCAUCGUACAAUGUAACCGUGGUGUUCGUGCUAUUCACAUUGUACUCAUUUCUUUGCUUCAAUAUUAUCAAAAUGCGCAGUCUCGUGAAAGGAGGCAAUCACAAGUUACAAAUACAGCUGUUUACGCAGGCUCUAUUUAUUUGUACGACCGUUGCAAUGACAGCGCUUCUUUACUCUUGGUUAAUGUUGUUCCCUGCACCUCCUACAAUGGCAAUAGCAUCGCAUAUUCUUUGGCAGUUGAGUCACGGACUUCACGGCAUCAUGUAUCUCUGCCUCAACCGACAGAUCCGUGGCGAGGUACUUCGUAUGUUCUUCAUGAAAAAACAGCAGACAAUAAAAUCUGUUGCUACCGUGCAGACCGUGGAUCGACGAAGAAUAUAA